CGGCGGCCCCGCCCCCCGGGUGUGCGCGAGGCGGCGGCGCGUGGCAGCGGCGCGGGGCGAGCGGCGGCCCCGGCCCGGCCCCGCCAUGACCGACUUCAAGCUGGGCAUCGUCCGGCUCGGGCGGGUGGCCGGCAAGACCAAGUACACGCUGAUCGACGAGCAGGACAUCCCGCUGGUGGAGAGCUACUCCUUCGAGGCUCGGAUGGAGGUGGAUGCUGAUGGAAAUGGUGCUAAAAUCUUCGCUUACGCGUUCGACAAGAACCGAGGCCGCGGCUCAGGCCGCCUCCUGCACGAGCUGCUCUGGGAGAGGCACCGGGGAGGGAUUGCUCCUGGCUUUCAGGUGGUGCAUCUGAACUCUGUGACCGUGGACAACCGCCUGGACAAUCUGCGCCUCGUCCCGUGGGGGUGGAAGCCCAAGGCUGAGGAAAUCUCUAGCAAACAAAGGGAACAAAGUCUGUACUGGCUGGCAAUCCAACAGCUUCCUACAGACCCCAUAGAAGAGCAGUUUCCUGUCCUGAAUGUAACCAGAUAUUACAAUGCUAAUGGGGAUGUUGUGGAGGAGGAAGAGAACUCCUGCACUUACUAUGAAUGUCAUUACCCUCCCUGCACAAUGAUUGAAAAACAGUUACGCGAAUUCAACAUCUGUGGCCGCUGCCAGGUGGCGCGGUACUGCGGCUCGCAGUGCCAGCAGAAGGACUGGCCUGCUCACAAGAAACACUGUCGGGAGAAGAAAAGGACCUUCCAGCAGGAGCUCGGACCAGAACGAUGACCGGGUGGCAGAGGCCUCUCAGCAGCAGGAUUCCUUCCCAAAGGCAUUGGACUCUUGCUUUUGCACAGUAUGACAGACUGCUUAUCAAAGCCAGAGGCACUGAAGAAAAACCCUGUGAUGCUUGAGCAGAAUGGCUGACUGGACUAAGCCAGCUCUGACUGGUGCUGUGGAAAGGGAUCGGGUCUGCCCUUCCAGUAUUAUAUUCUCAAGCAAAAAGACUACUGUGGAGGCUCCAGGCAGGAAGCUUCUCAUUAUUUAUAUGUUAAUACGUUUGUAAACUCAUGUACAGUUUUUGUUAGGAAUUCUUGAUAGCACUCAUUAACUGUAAUGUUCAGAUGAGAACAUGUUGUUGGCCUAAAAGUUAAAAAAAAAAAAAAAAAAAAAAAAAAGAACAAAAGUCAUGUAGCAAAAGCUUUUCCUCCCAUGUGGCAGAAGUGUCUGUGGCAGUGCCAAGGCCAGCGGGGCAGACUUGGCAUCAGCACUUACUCUGGAGAACUCUGCAUGGAAGCUCUAUUUAAAAAAAAAUACAAAAAAAAAGAGCAAAGUAAAGGUUGGAAUGAAUC